GUGAUAUCCUCCUCCCGUGCAGCUCCCCACUCCAGCCCCGCGCCACCGGGGCACCUCCGGCUCUCCACAUCACUGCAAUCCUAAACAUGAGACACAAGUAGGAGUUAGAACUGUGCUAUUUGGGGUUUCGAUAAUGAUUCCGCUUCUUCUGAGCCCACAUUCUGCUGUGGGUUUCUCCUCCAGCCUCCAGAAACUGGCACGAGGAGGUCGGUUGGCCUCGAGCUGCCUCUCCCCGGGGCUCUGCAGGGGGAACAGCUGGAACAUUCUGGAAGCCGCCUGCCUGGAGGCUUGGGUGGCAAAGGCACGGCCGUUCCGUGGGGAAGGGGCUUCCCUCCUGUAGGACGCAGCCGUCAAUUACCCACACUUGACGAACAUGAGAUCCUCCCCGGGUUCAUCGCUAGCUGCGGGCCGCCCGCGGAGGUGACGACCACCAACCAACCACAAGACUGUCACAAUGAGUUUUGUUGAAUAUGGCGAUACAAUCAAGGAUGGUGACACAGCUAUUGUGUUCUUGGGCCACGAAUCCAUGUUUCCUGUGAAAGUCCAGCAUGGCAGUGUAACUCAGACUAAGUACGGGGUCAUUCGGCAUUCCACGGAUCUCAUAGGCAAGAAGUAUGGCUCCAAAGUGACCUGCAGUAAAGGAGGAUGGGUUUUUAUUCUCCAUCCAACUCCAGAACUGUGGACCGUGAAUCUUCCACACAGGACACAGAUCCUGUAUUCCACUGACAUCUCUGUAAUCACCAUGAUGUUAGAACUGAAGCCAGGCUCCAUAGUGUGUGAAUCAGGUACAGGCAGCGGAUCUCUCUCCCAUGCUCUCAUCAGGACAGUGGCUCCAACAGGGCAUCUGUACACAGUGGAGUUCCACCAACAGAGGGCUGAGAAGGCCAGGGAGGAAUUUCGGGAGCAUGGAGUAGAGCAUCUGGUCACAGUGACCAACCAGGAUGUCUGCAAGAAUGGGUUUGGUGUCUCAGACAUUGCAGAUGCUGUGUUCCUGGAUAUUCCAUCUCCAUGGGAAGCCAUUGGACAUGCAAAGUCAGCGUUAAAAGCUGAAGGUGGCCGCAUCUGCUCUUUCUCCCCCUGCAUCGAACAAGUGCAGAGAACCUGCCUAGCGAUGGAAGAAUAUGGUUUUACGGAGAUUAACACCUUGGAAAUUCUGCUCCGAGUGUACAGCGUAAGGACAAUUAGCUUGCAAAUCCCUGACCUUGGAAAAGCAGCUGAGGAUAAUUCUAGCGCUGGCUUUGACAGCAGCAACCCAUCAGACCAAGGUAGCCCAGGCACUAAUCUGCAGCAAGGAACAGUGCAGUUCAAAAGUGGCGUGCCGCUGAGGGAGAUGGUGGGUCACACUGGGUACCUGACCUUUGCCACUAAGAGCCUCUUCUAGUACACUUCAACUUGGUGAAGUUUGGAGUGUUUUGUGUGUUUGUGCUUGCCGUUUUCAUGAUUCCUUUUUGUAGGGCAUCCAAAUUUUUCCUUGUCAGGGAAUUCCAUAUAUAGUCAGAUUUAGUUGGAAUAUGCUUUGUUUAAAUAGCACGCAAGCAUUAACCAGAGCAGCAUCGAGGGAAUGUUGAAACUCUGGAGCGCUGCUCCGCUUGCCAUCAGAAAGACAAAGUAAUAGCGAGUGGCCAAUCACUGGAAUGUGCGGGAUAAAGAUUCCUCCUGAUAAGAAAGUAGAACAGCACACUAAUCACAAACAAGCUGGAUUUUUUCCCUCCUCUUUUCUGAAUUGCUUUCUCAGUUUUAUGCUUUUAUCACAGCACCACUACUUUUUUUAAACAUCUCUCAUGCAUGCGUUGCUUUUAGGAAUGUGGAAGUGCUUCCUUGCUUUGUUUUGGAUAUGGAAGUUGCAAGGCCAUAUGGUUGCCUGCAUGGCUGGUCACAGUAUUAGUGUUUCCUUGGAACGGUGUUGAGCUGCACAGAGGCUUAUUGGCAGCACUCAGGAACACAGUCUCUUACUCCAUUCUGGCAUCUGCAAAUCACUUGUAUUACACAAAGGUCAAAUAAGUGUGCUAAUUGUUGGAUUUGGUCUAAAAUGGUACGUUGCGAUCAAUGGAUAGCAGAAAAUCAGACAUGGAUUUGUACUGUAAUCUUCUAAUAGGUCAUCUGCUGUCAGUGUUACGAAUCCACUGUAAAAAUGCAGGGAAUGGCUGGGGAAUGUUACCUGAACUCCUCUUUGUGAGCGGUGUGGCUGAGAUUUAGUUUCCUUGGUGCUUUAUGUGCGUAAUGGUGCGUUACCGUCCUAAAGCUAAAUGACAAAAAGAUUGCUUUUGGCAGGACUUCUGUCUCCAAAUGGCAACAAUAAUGCAGCAUGGUAAAACCAUCCAUCAGCCUUAUUAAUGAAGUUUUUAGAGCUUUUACUCUUCAGUAUUCCAUAAAAGCUGGUGGUGGGAUGAACUUUUUGAAUGCUGGAUUACGUUUUAUUAUUUACAGAGUAAAAUAAUAUGAAUUCAACAUUACGAAUAAUGUUGAAGUUCCUUCUUUCUUUUUAUUCUAUUUUUUUUUUUUUUGUAACAGUUUUACAGAUAUUCCAGCCACUAGUACUGUCUCCUGUCUCUGGAAAUGUUUAGCUGUGCCUUGCAUUUGGCACCUUAAUAUAUUGAUUGUAAGAAAAACAGUCAUCCAUAACAUGCUGCCUGAGCAGUUGAACCUGAUAUCCCUCCCCCAUUCUUGACAAAAAUAAACAAAGCUAAGCUUUUAACAUGUUAUGGCAGAAUGCUAAUCCAUAAUGGUUUAAAGAAAGCUCAACUGAUCACGACAGCAAAGAUAAACUGUUGAGCAGAUUAAAGGCAGAAAGCAAUUCUGUAGCACUAAAUCAGUUAUGUAAGUAGGCCUACCAUUGUAGCUUUUCUCCAGAAAUUGUGUGAAAGUUCUGUUUCUGCUGCUGUUAACUUCCUGCAGACAGGCAUGUGAUAAACUGCUAACACUCCUGAUAUGGUUUUGUGGCCGUAUUAUAAUGACGUGCAUCCAAGCGCAUAUGCAUGCAUUUGUUUGAGCUUGAACUAGCACCAUGGAAGUGAUGCCGAGGGACUCACAUAAACCAGAAGAAGGCACGAGGAAAUACAAAGUUAAUGCUAUGAGUCUGCUUACCUGGAGGUGAUUCUCACUUUCUAACAAGUGGGAUCCCCAGCCUUCACCAGGGAUAACUCCAGCCUUAGACUUGGAUUCUUUUUUUUCUGAUAGACCUUAUUUUAAAGUAAUGUAACAUUCAAACAGGAUUAAAGAGGAACAAAGUCACAUUUCUGUCCUACAAAUAGACGUGGAAUGGAAAUACCGAUGUGUCUUCAUGGAGUUUGAAACAAGGCUGAUGCUUCUUUGCCUACAAAGCCCAAUUCAAAACCCCUUGAAAUAAACCAUUGACUUUGCAUCGUCCCAUAUUGAUUUGAUUCCUGCUGAGGAAGGGCAAGCAUUGCGUAACAGGAGAAGGAUUUAAUUUCUGUCUUUGCAAUAUUAAAAAGGCCUCUGUGUCUUUGUUGCCAGCCCUGGCCAUGGCCAGCACCACACCGCUUCCUGCUGGUGCUUUGCUAGCAGGCUCAUGGGGAGAACCCCACACUGCCCAGCACGGGCAGCACCGUGCUCCAGAAGCACCACCACUAAGUUCUGCUUAACAUCACCCACCUUUUACAUUCUGGCAAUCUUUGCUGUCAAAAGUGGUAAAUCAGAAGCAUGUUUUUUUCCCAUCACAGUGUCUGAAUCUGCCCAGGCCAUGCUUUCAACAACUCAUCUUUCCUUGCAAUACACUUUAGUCUUCAGUCUGGAAUGAGACAUCUCUUCUCCCUGCCCUGCUGCAGUUCAGUCACACACUGCCAGGCCAUGUUUUCAUUGCUGGCUCUGCACCUGCGUCCCUCGCUUUGGACAAGCACCAAUGCACACGUCUGCCUCACAGCCGGGUUCAGCUUGUCCCAUGUACUCCAUGUCCGUCAAGCCAACAGUCAUAGACACCUUGCAACCUACAAGGCAAACAGUAAUGACUCAGGUGAGGCUUGUGAAACACUCGAGAGGCCUGCUGUUGUUCACUGUUUUGCUGUGCUUUAAUUAAAGCAUCACAGAUCUA